GCCUGCACUAUAUCAACAGCCUGCCUCCCACUAUCAAACUCCACAGAGCUGCACAAUCCACAGCUGCCUAACGGUCUUCUCUCUUCGUGUUGUCUCCUGACCAGCAGACAGUUAGCCAUCAUGUUUUACCAGCAGAGCUUCGCCAGUGGCCCCUCUGUCAUCAACAGACAGACCCGCAGCUACACAUCCAGCGCUGCCCCGCACAAGGCCCACAGCGUGUCAGGCCUCAGCUUCAGGAGCGGCCCCCGCAUCUCCUCCUCUAGCGCUCGGGUUGUCUCCUCCGGGUAUGGUGGCGGUAUGGGAGGGGGCUUUGACCUUUCCAGCGCCAUGGACCAGGGCAACAUCCACCUGAAUGAGAAGGCCACCAUGCAGAACCUGAACGACCGUCUGGCCAACUACCUGGAGAAGGUGCGCUCUCUGGAGGCAGCCAACGCCAAGCUGGAGAUGCAGAUCAGAGAGUACUACGAGCAGAAGGGCCCAGCAGCAGAGAGGGACUACAGCCAAUACUGGGCUAUCAUCAACGACCUGAAAGACAAGAUCAACGCAGCCACCAUUGAAAAUGCCCACAUCCUGCUCCAGAUUGAUAACUCCAAACUGGCAGCAGAUGACUUUAAAACAAAAUUUGAACAUGAGUUGAUGAUGCGACAGUCCGUGGAGGCCGACAUUGCCAACCUUCGCCGCCUGCUAGACCAGACUACACUGACCAAGGCUGACCUGGAGAUGCAGAUCGAAGGCCUACAGGAUGAGCUGGCCUACCUGAAGAAGAACCAUGCAGAGGAACUGGCAGCAAUGCGCUCUCAGCUCACUGGCACAGUCAACGUGGAGGUGGACGCCGCGCCUCAGCAAGACCUGAACAAAGUCAUGGAGGAGAUCCGCGCCCAGUAUGAAGCCAUCACCGAUAAGCAUCGUCGAGACCAGGAGGCCUGGUUUAAUCAGAAGUCGGCAUCCCUGACCAAGGAGGUGGCCAUUAGCACAGAAACCAUCCAGACGUCCAAGACAGAGAUCGGUGACCUGCGGCGCACACUCCAGGGUCUGGAGAUCGAGCUCCAGUCUCAGCUUAGCAUGAAAGGGGCUCUGGAAAAUACGUUAGCAGAUACAGAGGCCCGCUACAGCGCCAUGCUAGCCAAUUACCAGAACACCAUCAACUCGCUGGAAGCGGAGCUCAGCAACAUGCGUUUUAGCAUCGAGCAGCAGGGUCAGGAAUACAAGAUGCUUUUGGACAUCAAGACCAGGUUGGAGCAGGAGAUCGCCACCUACAGGAGCUUGCUGGAGUCGGAGGAAUCCAGACCAAUUGGCACAGGAGGCUCAAAGACCACAGUCACAACCACAACUGUGCGCUCUUCCAGCUAGACGCCCAGACUGGCAGGACAAGCUGUUCUCAGACACACACACACACACUAUCGGUUAAUUAAUAGAUGCUACAUGAGAUGAGAGAAACUGUACUGAAAAAUGCUGAAAACAAAACCACGAAGAAGAAGACUUGAUGUACAGGACUGUGAGUGUGUUUGUGUGAGACUUGUCUGACAAAUAAAAUCUGCUGGUUGAGAUAAGA